AUGUCAGUCAAUACUCCUGGUGAGUUGACCAACACGCUUAUUUUGGCUUUGUCGCAAAGCCAGGAGCAAAUACAGACCAUAAGAGAUCAGGGGACUCGCCUUGAGCGACUACAACGAGACAACGAACGAUUGCGGAAAGAGGUGCAGCUUUCUAGGCAGAAUGACGCUGAGCGGGCACUGUCAAACGAGGUCGAUCGGCUAAAGAAAGAGCUGCAUGAUGCAAAACAACAGGUACAUGAGGCUGAACAGGAGAGGCAAGAGCUUGAGCAGUUGAGGAUUGAUCCCGUUGAAGCAACGCGGCAUCAGCAUGAGCCACCACAAGAGCAGAGUCACGAAAUCGAUGAACUCUUUCAGAAGAACGUGGAAGCUCAAGCCGAAAUUUACAAGCUGAAGAAGAAGCUCAGACAAUACAAGGAGAAGGCCAAUGGUCGGCUGGGUGCGCCCAUCUCAUCCCCACGAUCUACCUUCUCAACACCUGAACCUUCCUCACCCAAACGUGCUCCCCUCUUAGUUCUGCCUAUAGAGCACUCCGAGAGGAUCGAAAAUUCAUCACCUCCCAGGAAACGCCAGAAGCAUGGCGACAAUUCUCUACAAGAACUUCAUGUAAACAUGCGUCACUCAAGAUCUUCUUCCAAUGCCUCUAAGAGAAGCGUUGUGGAAAAGAAGAUUGCCGCUAUACCACUCCUCGCAGAGGAUGGCGACGACCAUGUGGUUGAAGAGCAAGAUACAGGAAGAACACCAGCCACUCGGAAAAGGUCAAUGUAUGAUCGUCUAGAUGGCCUACUCGCAGCUCCUGUAGCAAGUAGGUCUCCUCUGAGUCGAACGAGUCCGGCUACCGCGCAAGACACAUCAACGCCAAGCUCACUGAGCAAGAGGCCUCCAGUUAUGUCCAACAUUGACCACACAACCAAUGAAGUGCCUCUACCAACUGCAACCAUAGCACGAGAAAGCGAAGAAAUCCACGCUGACACCACUGAAGCAAACACUGCACGACCACGACCUACUAUCGACAGUCGUCCCUCAAACAGAUCUUCAAAGCGGCCGUCCGAAAACAAAGAGCCUCUACGUUCAAAGCCCCUCGACAAAUUAUCCUCAUACCACUUCAAACCCAACCCUCGCUGGAUAGACACCGCAGGAAGAACCAUAGACGACUACCUCCACGGCCGCAACCGACAACGCAUCGACAUGAUAGCAGCAACCCUCCCACAAAUGCCAGGCCAGCACGAACGUGGCGAAAAGCUCAUCGACGACGAGCUUCUACUACGCUUCCUAGGUCCCAACUCAGAGCAGAAAAUCGCCGCCCUUACAAACAUAGCCAGGAAUAAUCUGCUUGCCGAAGCAAGGGUCAAAUUUGUAGCUGAGAAGUUUGGAAGGCAACGAGUCGACUAUGACAAGGAAGCAGAUCCUCCUGGCUUCUGGACGAUGGACAUGCCUGGCACUCAGGAGGAUGCGGAGAAUAAGAAGAAGGCUAAAGAAUUGGAAAGAGCUGAGACUAAGAAGAAGUACGACGAUGCGAUAUCGGGAAAUGGAAGGUGGAUUUUUGCUGAUGAGUGA